AGCGUGUUCAUGCUUUCAAGCCACGUAUCCCACGCUUGCAAAGGAAGAAGAACAUGGCAGGUCUGCAAAGGUUUGUUCUGUCGGUGGCGCUUGUUCUGACGGCCUGCUGGGCUGCCGAGGACCAGAAGGAUGAGAUCUGCUUCCAGCAGCCACAGAGGGGCACGCUGUACCCGGGCAUGCAGUGGCCAGGAUCCACCGAGCACGCGCUCACAGGCAGCAAGGCACAGAUCUCCAAGCCUGCCCCAGACUUCCAAGGCACGGCAGUGGUGAACGGGAAGUUUGAGGAGAUCAAGCUGUCAGACUACAAGGGGAAAUACCUCGUCUUCUUCUUCUACCCUCUUGACUUCACCUUUGUGUGCCCGACUGAGAUUAUCGCCUUCAACGAGCGCGUGGAAGAGUUCCGCAAGGUCAACACGGAGGUGGUGGGCGUGUCAGUGGACUCCCAGUUCACGCAUCUUGCAUGGAUCAACACCCCCCGUAAGGCGGGUGGACUCGGCCCGAUGAACUUUCCCCUCCUGUCCGACCUCACGCACAAGAUCUCUCGAGACUACGGUGUGCUGCUGGAGGAUGUGGGACACACACUCAGGGGAUUGUUCAUUAUUGAUGACAAAGGGAUCCUGCGGCAGAUCACCAUGAACGACCUUCCCGUGGGGCGCUCUGUGGACGAGACGCUGCGAUUGGUCCAGGCAUUCCAGUACACCGACCAACACGGAGAAGUUUGCCCCGCUGGCUGGACACCAGGCGCUGACACUAUCAUUCCAAACCCCAAUGACAAGCUGAAGUACUUUGAAAAGGCGAACAAGGACUUGUGAAGAAGCACCACCUUGCAACUCUUUACCGUAUUGCAGCUCAUCUAGAAAUAGAGGGCAUUAUUUACAAAAACUUAAAGUGUAUCAAACUCCUUGCUGUUUUUUUUUUUUUUUAAUGUUUGGGCUGAUACUGUUAGCAUAAACUGGGAGCUGGAAAUAUGUUGGGGAAAUAGAAAUGAUAGAUGAAAUCAUUUUUUAAGAUCUAGGGUGUUUCUUUUUUUGUCAUCGUAACAUUUCCAAUAGUGUGCAAAUAUGGGAUCUACGGUAUGUUGGUUGCUGCCCGCUAUGCAAUUUUCAGCAUUGGCAAAAGUGGAGAAACCUGAUGAAUUAUAGCCACAUGUGUUACUAUCAGGUUGAGAUGAGUUUAUUACAUGGUGUUGGUUAUCAAUGUCUUUAUUCUAGCCUGGGGCUCAAUCUUUUUCUUUCUCGCACCAUCAAUAGCAAGGGAUAUUGAGCAAGAAGUUACUAUGGAAGAUGGUACCCAGGCUACUAUUAUGUUUACUCUGCUCUAUAAUGGGAAAAAA